AUGACUAAAAAGAAAUCAAAUUUAGGAGAUACCUUAAUUAAAUCUAGAAAUAAGAGAUUAGGUAGAACUUUCAAUGAACAAACCAUUGGUAUGUUUACAACAGAUAUUGAUCCAAAAGAAGAAAGAAGAAAGUUAUAUUCAAAUACAGAUAUAGGUAAUAAUUUAGAGAAUUUUUUAGAAAUUACCAGUCUUGAACAAAAAGUAUUUGAAAGUGAAAAACAAAAUGUCGUUGUUAUUACUAAAACAUCAUCAACAGUUUUAUCAAAAGAAGAAAAGGAACAAAAAACAUUAGACCAUCAAAAACUUAUGGAAAAACAUAGAUUAUUUUGGAAUAGUUUAACAAUUCCUCGUAGACCAUCAUGGAAUGAAAAUACAACCACAGAAGAACUUUUAGAAUUAGAAAAAGAGGUAUUUUAUCAUUGGAGAAAGGGUAUUGCAAAAUUAGAAGAAGAACAAGGUUUAUUAGUCACACCAUUUGAAAAGAAUGCCGAAGUAUGGAAACAAUUAUGGCGUGUUGCAGAACGUUCAGAUCUUUUAGUACAAAUUGUAGAUUGCAGAAAUCCAUUAUUAUUUAGAUGUCCAGAUUUAGAGAAAUAUGUUAAAGAAAUCAAUCCAAAUAAAGUCAAUCUUUUAUUAGUAAAUAAAGCCGAUCUCUUAACCAAGUUACAAAGAAAGAAAUGGGCUAAAUAUUUUGAAAGUGAAGGAGUUAAUUUUAGAUUUUUCUCUGCUCAUAAAGAACAAGUUCGUAUUGAAAAGCAAAAACAAUUAAAUCGUCUUAUUGAAGAAGGCUCAAUCGACCCAGAGAUUGUAGAGAUGGAAGAAAGAAAAAGAAAAGAGCUUUUAGAACAACAAAACGAAUCUGAAGAAGAUAGAAAGAUUAAAAUUUUCGAUCGUGAAGAAAUUUUAGAAGAGUUCCUCAAACUUCAACCAAAACCACUCCAAGAUAAUCGUUACAAUAAUCGUGUUGUCGUUGGUUUAGCUGGUUAUCCAAAUGUUGGUAAAUCAAGUACAAUCAAUGUUUUAUAUGGUGAAAAGAAAGUCGCAGUAGCUCCAACUCCAGGUAAAACCAAAUAUGUUCAAACUAUUAUUCUCGAUGAAGAAAUCGUACUUUUAGAUUGUCCAGGUUUAGUAUUCCCAACUCUUUCUACAUCAAAGGCCGAUCUUGUCUGUAAUGGUCUUUUACCAAUUGAUCAACUCCGUGAUUUCAUUUCACCAGUAGAUUUAAUUUGUGAACGUUUACCAAGAACCCAUUUAGAAGAAUUUUAUUCCAUUGGUAUUCCAAAACCAAAAGAACACGAGCCACAAGAUAGAGCCCCAACUGCCGCUGAAUUCCUUUCUGCAUAUGGUUAUAUGAGAGGUUUUAGAACUGUACAUGGUGCACCAGAUCAAUCAAGAGCAGCUCGUAUUGUAUUAAAAGAUUUUGUUAAUGGUAAAUUAUUAUAUUGUCAUCCACCACCAGGUUUCGAUGCUGUAAAAUUCCAAAGAAAAACUAUUAAAGGCGGUAAAAAUAUUAAUCAGGAUGAAGAUAGUAACGCCACUGAAACUAUGACCACCACAACAACUACCUCCACAACCUCAUCGUCAUCAACUGCCAAUUUUGUUACAGGUAGUUUCGAUGGUGACAAUACCAUGACUGCCACCGGCAAAAAAGUUACAUAUGAUUAUAAUAAAGACAAUGAAGCUGCUCUCAACUAUCAAGAUAAUGUUAGAGCUCUUACUAAAGAUGCAAAGAAAAAGAAAAAGAAGAUUAUAAAUUUAGAAAGAGAACACAGUAAUAAUAGUAAUAAUAAAGGUGAUGCCUAUACACGUACUCAAUUCCAUCAUUCAACAACUCCAGAAGCUGCUCGUAUGGAACAAUUAAGUUUAAAAGAAAAAGAACAAAAUUCAAAACAACGUUUAGAACAAAUUAGAGCUUUAAAACAACAAAUUUUACAACAACAACAGCAACAACAACAAACACAACCAAAAUCUGAAUAA